AUGGCGCACCAUAAGGAGAGUAUGGCGCACCAUAAGGAGAGUAUGGCGCACCAUAAGGAGAGUAUGGCGCACCAUAAGGAGAGUAUGGCGCACCAUAAGGAGAGUAUGGCGCACCAUAAGGAGAGUAUGGCGCACCAUAAGGAGAGUAUGGCGCACCAUAAGGAGAGUAUGGCGCACCAUAAGGAGAGUAUGGCGCACCAUAAGGAGAGUAUGGCGCACCAUAAGGAGAGUAUGGCGCACCAUAAGGAGAGUAUGGCGCACCAUAAGGAGAGUAUGGCGCACCAUAAGGAGAGUAUGGCGCACCAUAAGGAGAGUAUGGCGCACCAUAAGGAGAGUAUGGCGCACCAUAAGGAGAGUAUGGCGCACCAUAAGGAGAGUAUGGCGCACCAUAAGGAGAGUAUGGCGCACCAUAAGGAGAGUAUGGCGCACCAUAAGGAGAGUAUGGCGCACCAUAAGGAGAGUAUGGCGCACCAUAAGGAGAGUAUGGCGCACCAUAAGGAGAGUAUGGCGCACCAUAAGGAGAGUAUGGCGCACCAUAAGGAGAGUAUGGCGCACCAUAAGGAGAGUAUGGCGCACCAUAAGGAGAGUAUGGCGCACCAUAAGGAGAGUAUGGCGCACCAUAAGGAGAGUAUGGCGCACCAUAAGGAGAGUAUGGCGCACCAUAAGGAGAGUAUGGCGCACCAUAAGGAGAGUAUGGCGCACCAUAAGGAGAGUAUGGCGCACCAUAAGGAGAGUAUGGCGCACCAUAAGGAGAGUAUGGCGCACCAUAAGGAGAGUAUGGCGCACCAUAAGGAGAGUAUGGCGCACCAUAAGGAGAGUAUGGCGCACCAUAAGGAGAGUAUGGCGCACCAUAAGGAGAGUAUGGCGCACCAUAAGGAGAGUAUGGCGCACCAUAAGGAGAGUAUGGCGCACCAUAAGGAGAGUAUGGCGCACCAUAAGGAGAGUAUGGCGCACCAUAAGGAGAGUAUGGCGCACCAUAAGGAGAGUAUGGCGCACCAUAAGGAGAGUAUGGCGCACCAUAAGGAGAGUAUGGCGCACCAUAAGGAGAGUAUGGCGCACCAUAAGGAGAGUAUGGCGCACCAUAAGGAGAGUAUGGCGCACCAUAAGGAGAGUAUGGCGCACCAUAAGGAGAGUAUGGCGCACCAUAAGGAGAGUAUGGCGCACCAUAAGGAGAGUAUGGCGCACCAUAAGGAGAGUAUGGCGCACCAUAAGGAGAGUAUGGCGCACCAUAAGGAGAGUAUGGCGCACCAUAAGGAGAGUAUGGCGCACCAUAAGGAGAGUAUGGCGCACCAUAAGGAGAGUAUGGCGCACCAUAAGGAGAGUAUGGCGCACCAUAAGGAGAGUAUGGCGCACCAUAAGGAGAGUAUGGCGCACCAUAAGGAGAGUAUGGCGCACCAUAAGGAGAGUAUGGCGCACCAUAAGGAGAGUAUGGCGCACCAUAAGGAGAGUAUGGCGCACCAUAAGGAGAGUAUGGCGCACCAUAAGGAGAGUAUGGCGCACCAUAAGGAGAGUAUGGCGCACCAUAAGGAGAGUAUGGCGCACCAUAAGGAGAGUAUGGCGCACCAUAAGGAGAGUAUGGCGCACCAUAAGGAGAGUAUGGCGCACCAUAAGGAGAGUAUGGCGCACCAUAAGGAGAGUAUGGCGCACCAUAAGGAGAGUAUGGCGCACCAUAAGGAGAGUAUGGCGCACCAUAAGGAGAGUAUGGCGCACCAUAAGGAGAGUAUGGCGCACCAUAAGGAGAGUAUGGCGCACCAUAAGGAGAGUAUGGCGCACCAUAAGGAGAGUAUGGCGCACCAUAAGGAGAGUAUGGCGCACCAUAAGGAGAGUAUGGCGCACCAUAAGGAGAGUAUGGCGCACCAUAAGGAGAGUAUGGCGCACCAUAAGGAGAGUAUGGCGCACCAUAAGGAGAGUAUGGCGCACCAUAAGGAGAGUAUGGCGCACCAUAAGGAGAGUAUGGCGCACCAUAAGGAGAGUAUGGCGCACCAUAAGGAGAGUAUGGCGCACCAUAAGGAGAGUAUGGCGCACCAUAAGGAGAGUAUGGCGCACCAUAAGGAGAGUAUGGCGCACCAUAAGGAGAGUAUGGCGCACCAUAAGGAGAGUAUGGCGCACCAUAAGGAGAGUAUGGCGCACCAUAAGGAGAGUAUGGCGCACCAUAAGGAGAGUAUGGCGCACCAUAAGGAGAGUAUGGCGCACCAUAAGGAGAGUAUGGCGCACCAUAAGGAGAGUAUGGCGCACCAUAAGGAGAGUAUGGCGCACCAUAAGGAGAGUAUGGCGCACCAUAAGGAGAGUAUGGCGCACCAUAAGGAGAGUAUGGCGCACCAUAAGGAGAGUAUGGCGCACCAUAAGGAGAGUAUGGCGCACCAUAAGGAGAGUAUGGCGCACCAUAAGGAGAGUAUGGCGCACCAUAAGGAGAGUAUGGCGCACCAUAAGGAGAGUAUGGCGCACCAUAAGGAGAGUAUGGCGCACCAUAAGGAGAGUAUGGCGCACCAUAAGGAGAGUAUGGCGCACCAUAAGGAGAGUAUGGCGCACCAUAAGGAGAGUAUGGCGCACCAUAAGGAGAGUAUGGCGCACCAUAAGGAGAGUAUGGCGCACCAUAAGGAGAGAGGAGUUAUGGCGCACCAUAAGGAGAGUAUGGCGCACCAUAAGGAGAGUAUGGCGCACCAUAAGGAGAGUAUGGCGCACCAUAAGGAGAGUAUGGCGCACCAUAAGGAGAGUAUGGCGCACCAUAAGGAGAGUAUGGCGCACCAUAAGGAGAGUAUGGCGCACCAUAAGGAGAGUAUGGCGCACCAUAAGGAGAGUAUGGCGCACCAUAAGGAGAGUAUGGCGCACCAUAAGGAGAGUAUGGCGCACCAUAAGGAGAGUAUGGCGCACCAUAAGGAGAGUAUGGCGCACCAUAAGGAGAGUAUGGCGCACCAUAAGGAGAGUAUGGCGCACCAUAAGGAGAGUAUGGCGCACCAUAAGGAGAGUAUGGCGCACCAUAAGGAGAGUAUGGCGCACCAUAAGGAGAGUAUGGCGCACCAUAAGGAGAGUAUGGCGCACCAUAAGGAGAGUAUGGCGCACCAUAAGGAGAGUAUGGCGCACCAUAAGGAGAGUAUGGCGCACCAUAAGGAGAGUAUGGCGCACCAUAAGGAGAGUAUGGCGCACCAUAAGGAGAGUAUGGCGCACCAUAAGGAGAGUAUGGCGCACCAUAAGGAGAGUAUGGCGCACCAUAAGGAGAGUAUGGCGCACCAUAAGGAGAGUAUGGCGCACCAUAAGGAGAGUAUGGCGCACCAUAAGGAGAGUAUGGCGCACCAUAAGGAGAGUAUGGCGCACCAUAAGGAGAGUAUGGCGCACCAUAAGGAGAGGAUGGCGCACCAUAAGGAGAGUAUGGCGCACCAUAAGGAGAGUAUGGCGCACCAUAAGGAGAGUAUGGCGCACCAUAAGGAGAGUAUGGCGCACCAUAAGGAGAGUAUGGCGCACCAUAAGGAGAGUAUGGCGCACCAUAAGGAGAGUAUGGCGCACCAUAAGGGAGAGAGAGUAUGGGCGCACCAUAAGGAGAGUAUGGCGCACCAUAAGGAGAGUAUGGCGCACCAUAAGGAGAGUAUGGCGCACCAUAAGGAGAGUAUGGCGCACCAUAAGGAGAGUAUGGCGCACCAUAAGGAGAGUAUGGCGCACCAUAAGGAGAGUAUGGCGCACCAUAAGGAGAGUAUGGCGCACCAUAAGGAGAGUAUGGCGCACCAUAAGGAGAGUAUGGCGCACCAUAAGGAGAGUAUGGCGCACCAUAAGGAGAGUAUGGCGCACCAUAAGGAGAGUAUGGCGCACCAUAAGGAGAGUAUGGCGCACCAUAAGGAGAGUAUGGCGCACCAUAAGGAGAGUAUGGCGCACCAUAAGGAGAGUAUGGCGCACCAUAAGGAGAGUAUGGCGCACCAUAAGGAGAGUAUGGCGCACCAUAAGGAGAGUAUGGCGCACCAUAAGGAGAGUAUGGCGCACCAUAAGGAGAGGAUGGCGCACCAUAAGGAGAGUAUGGCGCACCAUAAGGAGAGUAUGGCGCACCAUAAGGAGAGUAUGGCGCACCAUAAGGAGAGUAUGGCGCACCAUAAGGAGAGUAUGGCGCACCAUAAGGAGAGUAUGGCGCACCAUAAGGAGAGUAUGGCGCACCAUAAGGAGAGUAUGGCGCACCAUAAGGAGAGUAUGGCGCACCAUAAGGAGAGUAUGGCGCACCAUAAGGAGAGUAUGGCGCACCAUAAGGAGAGAGAGUAUGCGCACCAUAAGGAGAGUAUGGCGCACCAUAAGGAGAGGAUGGCGCACCAUAAGGAGAGUAUGGCGCACCAUAAGGAGAGUAUGGCGCACCAUAAGGAGAGUAUGGCGCACCAUAAGGAGAGUAUGGCGCACCAUAAGGAGAGUAUGGCGCACCAUAAGGAGAGUAUGGCGCACCAUAAGGAGAGUAUGGCGCACCAUAAGGAGAGUAUGGCGCACCAUAAGGAGAGUAUGGCGCACCAUAAGGAGAGUAUGGCGCACCAUAAGGAGAGUAUGGCGCACCAUAAGGAGAGUAUGGCGCACCAUAAGGAGAGUAUGGCGCACCAUAAGGAGAGUAUGGCGCACCAUAAGGAGAGUAUGGCGCACCAUAAGGAGAGUAUGGCGCACCAUAAGGAGAGUAUGGCGCACCAUAAGGAGAGUAUGGCGCACCAUAAGGAGAGUAUGGCGCACCAUAAGGAGAGUAUGGCGCACCAUAAGGAGAGUAUGGCGCACCAUAAGGAGAGUAUGGCGCACCAUAAGGAGAGUAUGGCGCACCAUAAGGAGAGUAUGGCGCACCAUAAGGAGAGUAUGGCGCACCAUAAGGAGAGUAUGGCGCACCAUAAGGAGAGUAUGGCGCACCAUAAGGAGAGUAUGGCGCACCAUAAGGAGAGUAUGGCGCACCAUAAGGAGAGUAUGGCGCACCAUAAGGAGAGUAUGGCGCACCAUAAGGAGAGUAUGGCGCACCAUAAGGAGAGUAUGGCGCACCAUAAGGAGAGUAUGGCGCACCAUAAGGAGAGUAUGGCGCACCAUAAGGAGAGUAUGGCGCACCAUAAGGAGAGUAUGGCGCACCAUAAGGAGAGUAUGGCGCACCAUAAGGAGAGUAUGGCGCACCAUAAGGAGAGUAUGGCGCACCAUAAGGAGAGUAUGGCGCACCAUAAGGAGAGUAUGGCGCACCAUAAGGAGAGUAUGGCGCACCAUAAGGAGAGUAUGGCGCACCAUAAGGAGAGUAUGGCGCACCAUAAGGAGAGUAUGGCGCACCAUAAGGAGAGUAUGGCGCACCAUAAGGAGAGUAUGGCGCACCAUAAGGAGAGUAUGGCGCACCAUAAGGAGAGUAUGGCGCACCAUAAGGAGAGGAUGGCGCACCAUAAGGAGAGUAUGGCGCACCAUAAGGAGAGUAUGGCGCACCAUAAGGAGAGUAUGGCGCACCAUAAGGAGAGUAUGGCGCACCAUAAGGAGAGUAUGGCGCACCAUAAGGAGAGGAUGGCGCACCAUAAGGAGAGUAUGGCGCACCAUAAGGAGAGUAUGGCGCACCAUAAGGAGAGUAUGGCGCACCAUAAGGAGAGUAUGGCGCACCAUAAGGAGAGUAUGGCGCACCAUAAGGAGAGUAUGGCGCACCAUAAGGAGAGUAUGGCGCACCAUAAGGAGAGUAUGGCGCACCAUAAGGAGAGUAUGGCGCACCAUAAGGAGAGUAUGGCGCACCAUAAGGAGAGUAUGGCGCACCAUAAGGAGAGUAUGGCGCACCAUAAGGAGAGUAUGGCGCACCAUAAGGAGAGUAUGGCGCACCAUAAGGAGAGUAUGGCGCACCAUAAGGAGAGUAUGGCGCACCAUAAGGAGAGUAUGGCGCACCAUAAGGAGAGUAUGGCGCACCAUAAGGAGAGUAUGGCGCACCAUAAGGAGAGUAUGGCGCACCAUAAGGAGAGUAUGGCGCACCAUAAGGAGAGUAUGGCGCACCAUAAGGAGAGUAUGGCGCACCAUAAGGAGAGUAUGGCGCACCAUAAGGAGAGUAUGGCGCACCAUAAGGAGAGUAUGGCGCACCAUAAGGAGAGUAUGGCGCACCAUAAGGAGAGUAUGGCGCACCAUAAGGAGAGGAUGGCGCACCAUAAGGAGAGGAUGGCGCACCAUAAGGAGAGUAUGGCGCACCAUAAGGAGAGUAUGGCGCACCAUAAGGAGAGUAUGGCGCACCAUAAGGAGAGUAUGGCGCACCAUAAGGAGAGUAUGGCGCACCAUAAGGAGAGUAUGGCGCACCAUAAGGAGAGUAUGGCGCACCAUAAGGAGAGUAUGGCGCACCAUAAGGAGAGUAUGGCGCACCAUAAGGAGAGUAUGGCGCACCAUAAGGAGAGUAUGGCGCACCAUAAGGAGAGUAUGGCGCACCAUAAGGAGAGUAUGGCGCACCAUAAGGAGAGUAUGGCGCACCAUAAGGAGAGUAUGGCGCACCAUAAGGAGAGUAUGGCGCACCAUAAGGAGAGUAUGGCGCACCAUAAGGAGAGUAUGGCGCACCAUAAGGAGAGUAUGGCGCACCAUAAGGAGAGUAUGGCGCACCAUAAGGAGAGUAUGGCGCACCAUAAGGAGAGUAGGGGAGGGGAGGCGCAGCAUGAGAGGAUGGCGCAUACCAUGAGAAGGUCGCUGACGGCUUGGGGGUUGGACGACGAGGGCGCGCCGGGCAGCACUGGGUGGCGGCGCACUGAGGCCGGGGGAAAGGGCGGCAGGUGCUCUGCAGGACACGGAGAGAGAGGGGUUGGGGGCGGAUGGGGAGGGGCGGAUUGGGUGAGAGAGAAUAACGAAUAA